CACUAUAGUCGAUAGGAGGCAGUUAUUGCGCAUUUAACCUCUCACGACCACGCUGCAGCAAGUCAACGGCGUCCUAUGCAUGACCGCGAUGACUCGGCAAUAACACCAUCGGUCAGACAGUUGCCUCGUUCUUUUGCUCUCUUACGAGACACGUAGCGUAGACGAACUCGUCGCCAUGGCGCCGAGAAGCAAAUCGCCCGCGUCUUCAGCGAAAACUGCUGCCAACGCGAACCCAGCGCCGGAGUUCACCGUGAAUAUGAAUCGCAUCCAAAUGCGGCUCGAGUCGCGACUGAGAACUGCCCGCGCAUUCCUCCCAUCGACGCCCGAGGCCCCCGGCAGUUUGGGCAGCAGCAGAAGGCCGUUCUCCACCUUCAACUCCAAUUCAUCCGCCAGUACUUCCUCCCAGCCGCGACUCGACCCUCCACCGCGGGGAUGGAGGGCAGUAUCGCGUGCGGCAGAAGAGUCCGAAUUUGCAGAGGAACGAGGGUUAGACCCAAACGCAGGCAUCGGACUCAUUCGAGCUGCUCGGAACUCCGCCUCUGUCGUCCAGAGCGGGAGAGAUCGGGAGACCACGAAGCUACGUGGUCGGUUAUUUGGGGGGCGGGGGAAAGGUUUAAACGGCGAUGGCAAUAGCGAGAAUAAUCAGAGGUGGGUGCGGAAGGAGGAAAGUAGCGACGAGGAAACGGGGCGGAGUGGGCUCGGGAGAGCCAAGAUGCCCGGGAAACGGUCACGGACGGGGAUAGAGUUCGAGGAUGGGGAGCGACAGGAAGAUCUCCAACCUCCAGAGAGCGACAGGUCAGCAGAGCCUAGUAAGGAAAUAUUUGGAGCCGGAGGUGUGCGGGAACAUAUCAUCAAGGGGGGUCUGAAGAGGAAACGGAAGAGGAAAGCGGAGGGAAGAGAAAACUGAGGUGAAAUGGAUAACCUAAUUUCUGCCAUCACAACACACACACGCCCCUAAUGCGUGAAACGAGGAGUUAAGAGAGAUCGGAAUGGCAAGCUUCGAAAUAAAGCCGAUUUUCAAUAGAC